AUGAAAAGAUCGGCUGGCUCAAGAGGCCUGAUGGAAAAUUGGCUGAAGAAUUGCAACAAAAAAACUGUCACUUUGAGUGAUCGUUGUGAGACUGAUAGCGAGCAACCGAAUAUUGAAACCGGAAGUGUCAUCGAUAUUCGUUCAAAUGCUGGUCAUCCUAACAGGUUGCAAUCUACAGCGUCUGCCAGUUCGAGCACUUCGAGCAAUGAUAAUUUAAAGAUAACAUCAAACUUAUCAUGGUCUCACAACCACCCUCCGGCUCAACCGAUUAUUUCCGAAUUUCCAGUAAAAAAUGGCAGAAGAUUCAAUCCCGAGCACUACAAAAUAUUCAGAUGGAUUGAAUACUCCAUUGAAGAUGAUUCUGUUUACUGCUAUGCAUGUAGACAUUUCUGUAGAAAUACUGUAUUUGCUGGACAAUCCUACGGAAAAGUAGCGUUUGUUGACUAUGGUGUGAGUAAGUGGAGAGAUAUCAAAUCCAUACUUCAACAACAUUCUGUGAGUCAGAAACAUAUAAGUUCUAUGACAUUUUGGACAAAUGCCACUGCAAUUCAAAAUAAAACUUCCCAAAACAUAGCAAAUACGUUGAACGAGAACCGCGCCUGUGAUGUUGAAGAUAACCGCCGGCAUGUUCGAUGGUUGAUUAAAGCAACUUGUUUCCUGGGGAGGCAAGGACUAGCUUUUCGGGGGAAAGAUGAAAGCGAAAAUUCUAGGAAUAAAGGAAAUUUCAUUGAGCUGCUAGAAAUUUUCUCUGAUGAAGAUAAGAGGUUGAAAGAAAAAUUGUCUCUACGAUAUGGUCACUACACUUCCCCAGAAUAUCAAAACGACUUAAUCGCUACAGUCGGUGCUCUUACAAGACAAUCUAUUCUAGACAAGAUGUCAUCGCAUGGGUUUUUCUCUAUUUUAGUCGAUGAAUCGAAAGAUAUUUCAAAAAAGGAACAGUUGUCAUUUGUUCUCCGGUUCGUGGAUAAAUUAGCCCUAUCUGACCAAUCAGUUGAUAAAGUGGUACGAGCUGAAGCUACUGGUUUACUGGCAGAAAUUUCCAGGACAGAAUUCACUUUAACUUUGUGCACUAUGGAAUCAAUACUAGAAAAAGUUCAUGCCUUGUCUUGUGAGCUUCAAAAUACAGAGCUCAAUAUAGUAGCAGCACUCAAAUUGGUCAAUUGUACCAAAAAAAUGUUAGAGAACAUGAGGAAUGAUACCUCAUGGAAUGCAAUAAAGGACACCGCCACGAUAAUGAACUCCGAUCAAGAAAUGACUAUUCAACGUACCAGGCACUCCAGGCAGAGAAAAUAUAAUAGCAGAUUAACCGAUUAUUUUGUUGAUAGUACUAUAGGCAAGAACGAUAAUCCUGAAAUCAAAAUUGAUGUAUUCUUCAUGGUCCUAGACAGGUACUUCAUAACAGACCAGGCUGACAGUUUGAAAUCUCCAACCAGGAAUAGAUGGAAAUUGACAGAUCGAUCAAGAGAUUCACCUCAAACAUACUAA